UAUGAGGGGAUCUCGAACUGAGCCUGUGGAUGUCAGUUCUGAUGGAAGCGCUGACAGUGGCUCUGACGAAAACUCGGACAGCAGCUCAGAUGGAUCUGGUUAUAGCUCCUCUUAUGAAGGAGCGUCCAUGAGCUCCGAUGGAGUGGUGUACAUUAGCUCUGAUGAAGGGAAGCACAUGAGCUCUGAUGAAGGCGAGUACAGCAGUCCAGAUGAGGGUGCCUACACCAGCUAUGAUGAAGACAUGAGCAGCAGCUCUGAUGAAGGCGCUCACACCAUCCAUGCUAAAGGUGUGCAUAGGCGCAUGAAGGAGAAGAAGCCUUGGAAGGCAUGCAUGAACAUCUGUGAUUGCCCUAAAGAGUACACAGUUGGUAAGUGUUAUUUUUUAUGGUCUAUUGUUUCCACUGGUUGGUGGUUGGAUUAA